UGUUACCAAAAACCGACCAAAGUGUAUACAAAAUAAAUAUCUAAAAGAAGAGAACCACUAUAUCAUGCUUAUAUCAUGCAAUAAUUGAAAAUGGAAAUUCAGUACUGACGCACACAAAGAGAAUGAUCGUUGAAUAUGUAGCCAACUCAUCCCGAGUAUUGUGCUGUAUCAGCUUCAAAAAAAAAGACCGAUACCGCUUCUAUAACACGGUACCGAAGAGUACCAUGUAAAGGAUGUGUUCUCAUACAAAAAGAUAUUUUUGUCAGAGGCCAUGGGUGUCACUCCGAUAAUAUCACAGGGUGGCACCAGAAUCGUUUUUUUUUUCGUUGGCACACAUAUAUAUUCCGUGGCAUAGUAACUGCAUUCGAAGUCACCAAAUGUGAAGUAUCAGUGUUACCGAAGAUGCUCUACGCGGUGAUUUGUCUUCUCCUCGUUCUUCUCUGUAUCUUCUGCGUCUACGAUUGCGUCAAACCACAUAAUUUCCCUCCUGGUCCAAAAUGGAUACCAUUGAUCGGUUGCUUCCUCACGUUCCGACGACUGAAGUCGAAGAACGGCUACGUUUACUUAGCGUUUCAUGAACUAAUGAAAAGUUACGGCCCCAUUCUGGGCCUGAAACUGGGAACUCAGAAGGUGGUUGUGGUUUCGACACACGACCUAGUAAAAAAAGUUCUUCUUCAGGACGAGUUUAACGGCAGACCAGAUGGAUUCUUCUUCAGGGUCCGUGCGUUUGGUAAAAAGAGAGGUAUUUUAUUCGCGGAAGGACCAACAUGGGCGCAGUGUCGUCGCUUCACGAUGCGGCACCUCAGAGCAUUUGGUUUGGGACAAUCAAUUAUGGAGAAACAGCUGAUCAUCGAGGCAGAGAGCUUCGUGGAUUAUCUUCGUCGAGCUAGUGCGAAAGGUCCAGUGCCGAUGCACACGGCUUUCGACGUUGCAGUUUUGAAUUCCCUUUGGUCGAUGCUCGCUGGUCAUCGGUUCGACUAUGAUAAUGAAAAACUGAUGGAGAUACUUGAUGCUGUUCACGGUGCUUUCAGAUUGAUGGACACCAUGGGCGGUAUAGUAUCGCAACUUCCAUUCUUACGUUUCAUAAUGCCAGAGUUGUCCGGCUACAACGAGUUAAUGAGAAUUUUGCGAAAGCUGUGGGGCUUCCUGGACGAGGAGAUCACCGUUCACGAGAAACAAUUGUCCGGUAACCAACCUCAGGAUUUAAUCGAAGCGUUCCUCCUGGAGAUUUCAUCUAACGGCCAGCAUGACGAUUCGAUAUUCGAUCGAGAAAAUUUGUUGAUCGUGUGUUUGGAUCUUUUUUUGGCCGGUUCGAAAACCACGACAGAUACUUUGGCUGCCACUCUGCUAUUUUUGUCCCUGCACUCUGACUGGAUUAAAAUACUUCAGGAGGAACUAGAUAACGUUGUCGGUAGAUCACGGUCUCCAGCUUUGAAGGAUUAUUCGUCGUUGCCGAUGAUGGAGUCGUUUCUUGCGGAGGCACAAAGGUAUUUGAACUUGGCACCUUUUGGAUUACCUCAUAAGGCCAUGAAGGAUGUUACUCUGAAUGGAUAUCACAUACCCAAGAACACGAUGAUUCUUCUGGACUUUCACAGUGUUCACAAUGAUAAGGCUUAUUGGGAUCGCCCAGAAGAGUUUCGACCGCAAAGAUUCCUUGAUGACAAUGGUCGGUUUUGUCCAAACAGUGCGAGUAUGCUUUUCAGUCUAGGUAAAAGACGUUGCCCAGGAGAAAUGCUCGCUCGCUCAACCUUAUUCUUAUUCUUCACUCAUGUUGUACAUUAUUUCGAUAUCGAAAUUUCACCAGACCAUGGAAAGCCGGACCCGAAUGGCUACGAUGGUUUCACCAUAUCGCCAAAACCGUACCAUCUGAAACUCACUUUGAGAUCCGAGCUUGUAAAUCACGCACUCGUAUAAGAUUACAAAAUAUUCCACGACUCAAUAUAAAAGGACCGAAUCGCCACGUGACGCUGGGGCGAAGGUACAUUUGGACUUCUACGAAACGAGCCGAUUUCGUC